AUGGGAAAUUUUACAUGGAGUAUUGCAUUAGUAAUUUUUACUUUACUGCUCAACAACAAUCCUCUUGCAGAUAAACAGUAUAGAAUAUUUGGUGGCUAUGAGGCUAAGAUAGAGGACCACCCUUGGAUAGUUGAACUUCGUUUACUUUCUAAGCAUUAUUGCGGUGGGACCUUGUUGAAUGAAGAUACGGUGCUUACAGCAGCUCAUUGCCUUGACUCUUAUGAACAAGAGCAAGCAAGAUUGUUAAGAUUCUGGGAAAAGGUACAAAGUGAUGAAGAUGAGGCUAUUCCUGAUUCCGAAGACGAAGUGCAGCUCGACAAUAAUGGUGAAAGUUGUCAUGACACAGACACAAAACCAAGAUGA